AUGAUGACGGUAGCUGCUUCACAGUUGGAAAUCCCGACAAUUCUACCCACGAGUUGUGAUGUGCCCUUGGACUCGAAUCUGCCAAACAAUAGUGCAUUUUCCAACGCGACUCCACCAAAGCAACGGCUUGCCGAGCUGAAGGUUGUAAAUCCAUUGGCAAGCGUAGUCCACCAAGCCGACAAAAAUGGCAAGCAACAGCCUAUUCUCACCAAUGUUCGUCGGGUCUCCCGUGAAGAAUCGAACGCGAGGAAAAUCAAGCAGCGAGGAAGCUUCCGCAACAUCUUUGCUAAUAUUUGGUCGGCAUUUGGCCUUCACAAUCAGGAACAAGAUCUAGAAAAGACAAAACAAGGCGAAUUGUCUGGCAGUACGAUUGAAUUGCGCCCGAGCCUAUUACCACCGCUAUCUCCGACGGACUCCAACAAAAAGUGCUUGGUACUGGACUUAGAUGAAACGCUGGUGCACUCGUCAUUCAAACCCACUGACAACUAUGACUUUAUUAUCCCUGUUGAGAUUGAUGGUACCGCGUACACGGUAUUUGUAUGCAAGCGACCUGGGGCUGAGAAGUUCCUCACCGAAAUGGCCAAAUACUACGAAAUUGUCGUGUACACGGCCAGUCUCAGCAAGUAUGCAGACCCACUGCUGGAUAAGCUAGAUUCGGAAGGUGUAAUCCGCUACCGUCUCUAUCGGGAACAUUGUGUCCAAUUCGAGGGUAAUUACGUGAAGGAUCUCUCGUUACUCGAUCGCAACAUCACACAAACAAUUAUAGUUGAUAAUUCACCGAUGGCUUAUGCCUUUCAUCCUCGGAACGCUAUUGGCUGCUCCAGUUUCAUUGACGAUCCAAAUGAUCAUGAACUCGAAUCGAUUGCACGUUUUCUCACCAAGCAUCAAGAUGUUGAAGACGUUCGCGACUACCUACAAAUUUGGGAUUAUGAUUACUGA